AUGCAAUUUCGAUCGGGCGUCUGGGCUGCUCUUCUGGCCUGUGUUCAAACUGCGAGUGCGACUCUGCAAAUCGUACCUGGGGCAACAUGGACAGCAUCCAACGGCCUACACAUGCAGGCGCACGGCGGCGGACUCAUCAAAGUGGACGACACCUUCUACUUGGUGGGCGAGGAUCACACAAACGGGGCUGCAUUCCAAAACGUCAACUGUUAUUCAUCGAAAGACCUGGUGCAGUGGGAAUACCAGGGCGCAUUACUGUCGCUCACCAAUACUACUGGUGACCUGGGGCCCAGUCGUGUCGUCGAACGGCCCAAGGUGCUAUGGAAUGAGCGCACGGGCAAGUAUGUAAUGUGGAUGCAUAUUGACAGCAGUAGUUAUGGCGAGGCAAAGGUCGGCGUCGCUGUCGGUGAUACAGUUUGCGGCAAGUAUGAAUAUCUCAACAGUUCCCAGCCACUUGGUUUUCAGAGUCGAGACAUGGGACUAUUCCAAGACGAUGACGGGACAGCCUACCUGCUAUCAGAAGAUCGAGCCAAUGGCCUUCGUAUCGACCGCCUAUCUGAUGACUAUCUAACAGUUGUCAAUGCGACGUACCUGUGGCCAGAUCAUAUUGAGGCGCCAGCUAUGAUUAAGAUAGCUAACCGCUACUACAUGUUUGGCAGCCAUCUGACGGGGUGGACGCCAAACGACAACGUUUAUACAACAUCAACGUCAAUCACUGGGCCCUGGAGCUCCUGGACCAUCUUCGCCCAGAGCGGGUCACUUACCUAUCAGUCUCAGACCAACUACGUGCUGAAACUCAGUAACAGCGAGGCCUUUUACCUCGGUGAUCGCUGGAUCUCAAGCGAUCUUGGCAGCAGCUCUUACAUCUGGCUUCCGCUCAACAUAUCUGGGACAUCUGUGAGUAUGCCAUAUUUCUCCAGCUGGGUCCCCAACGUAAGCGAAGCAACGGCAGAAGGCUCUUGGAAAGUGUCUCCGCCAAAUAGCGUCUACGAGGGUGAGACGGGCACAUACGCCAAUGGAGCAAAGACUGUUAGCUGCUCGGGUUGCUCAGGUGCUGGAUCAGCGGGAUGGUUGGGAGGUCCCUCAAACGGCACGGUCACUUUCCAUCAGAUAUCGAGCAGCGUUGAUACCAUGACGACAAUCACCAUCCAAUACAGGAAUGGAGACUCGGCGCCAAGAUUUGGCGCAGUUGUCAUCAAUGGUGGCACGCCUGUGAAGCUCGAGUAUCUGCCUAGUGGCUCUGGCGUGUCUAACAGCACGCUGCACACACUUCUCCAAAAAGGAAACAAUACCAUCACAUUCGGUGGUGUUGGGGAUACCACUUACGCGGCCGAUGUCGAUCGAUUGAUCGUUCCUGUAUCAUAA